CUUGCCAUUUAUUCAGAAUUAAGUCAUUUUCAGAUAACUGUAUGAACUUCAGAUGGGGUCAGCCCAGCUGCCAGCUUUCACGCCUUAGGCCCGCCAGUCACAAGAUCCCGCUGUUACCCUCUUCUGCCCCACUUCUCUGGGCGUUCCUUCAGGAUCGCUGGAGCACACCGCUCCACAGUCUCUUCUCUACCGUUAUCACGGCGUAUUAAUGUCCUACCGUAGCGCUCCGCGGUCGCCAUGCAGAACAAUCACAAGGAGCACCUCUAUAAGAUCCUGGUAAUAGGGGACCUGGGGGUGGGCAAGACUAGCAUCAUCAAGCGCUAUGUCCACCAGAACUUCAGCCCAAACUACCGAGCCACAAUAGGAGUGGACUUCGCCCUGAAGGUCCUUAACUGGGACCAUGAAACCAUACGGCUACAGCUUUGGGACAUAGCAGGUCAGGAGCGGUUUGGGAACAUGACCCGGGUCUACUACCGUGAGGCCAUGGGGGCGUUCAUCGUGUUUGACGUGACGCGGCCGUCCUCCUUCGAGGCCGUCACCAAGUGGAAGGAGGACCUGGACUCUAAACUCACACUGGCCAAUGGGAAUGUGGCCGCUGUGUUAUUGGCUAAUAAGUGCGACCAGGGGCAGGACGUGCUGACCAACAAUGGGAUCCAGAUGGAGAAAUUCUGUCAGGAGAACGGCUUUGUGGGAUGGUACGAGACCUCUGCCAAGGUA